AUGAAUCCUCUUCUUCCGGUCAUCCUUCUUCUCCUACCUUGCUACACAAUCUCGCAGCUCCCGCCGGAGUUCUUCCUCGAAUCCUGCCCCAACGACGCCGGAAACUACACCGACGGGAGCACGUACCAGCGAAACCUCAACACCCUCCUCUCCUCACUCACCGCCGCCAACCAAACCACAACCGGGUUCUACAACCUCUCCGCGGGUCAUCCGGCCGGACCGGACCGGGUCAACCUCAUCGGCCUCUGCCGAGGCGACGUGUCGCUCGACGACUGCCGCGGCUGCUUCGCCAACACGACGGACCGGCUCCUCGAGGACUGCCCGGUCCAGAAGCAGGCAUUCGGUCGCUACCACUACAACUGCCAGAUCCGCUACUCGAACCGGCCCGUGUACGGUUCGCUCGAGCCGGACCCGCCCAGCCUGUACUUGAGGAACAUCAACAACGCGUCCGACCCGGCCCGGUUCGACGACGCCUUGGGCACCUUGCUGACCCGACUCCGAGAUUCCGCGGCCGGAGGAAGCUCCGUGAGGAAAUUCGCAACGGGAACGCAGCGGCAAGGUUUCGUCACCAUCUACGGCCUCGUGCAGUGCUCUCCCGAUCUCUCGCGGCAGCUCUGCGACGACUGCCUCAUCGAUCUCACCAACCGGCUCAUCAGCGGCAGAAUCGGAGGGCAGAUCUGGCAGCCUAGUUGCCACGUGGGGUACGAGAUUUUCCGAUUUUACGCCGAGGCGGAAUCGCCGCAGCCAUCGCCGCCGCUGCCAGAUCCGGGAGGCGGAGGAAGAAAGAAUACGAGUAGGAGUAGGAUUAUUGCAGCUAUUGUGAUCCCGAUCGUCAUCGGCGCCGCCGUGUUCGGUGGCUUCAUUUUCAUAAUCUUCUGCCGCCGCUGGAGAUUGAAGAGGUCGCGAAUCCCUAAUCAGAGUCAAAGAGACGCGAGUGCUCUCUCCUCUCUCCUCAUGUUCUGCGUUUGGGUGGGGCGAUGGCUGUGGAAGGUUCUCCGGCUCCUCGGUGAUACAUACCUAAAGCCGGAAGAGGAUAUUAGCCGGCGGUACUGGGACUGGGACCGACACCCGAAGACAAAACGGACAGAGCCUCCGGCCAGGAGCCACCUCGGGGAACACCGGGAGGGUGUGAAUUUGGCGGCUCAGAUGAGUUGUCUUCGCGAGAUUCACCGACCGGCGCCGGAAAGGGCUAACUGCAAAAGAAAAGAAACAGAGCCCCCGGAAUCUGCAUCGGCUCAAUCGAAGAAAAGAAGGCUUCGGCCGAUCCGGGGAUGGCGCCUUUGGCUGCCGCCCCCCUCCGCCUUCAUGGAACUAGCUCCGGGGCAGGACAUAUCCAAGAAUAAGAAAUCGGAACCUCAAGUAAACUGUAAAAUUGAAGAACCCCUCGGGGUACAAAGAGAUUGUUCGGCGAUCCCUUUUGUGGAUCAGCACCGGACUGCUUGCGAUACGAAAGAUCCCUGUGGGGAUUCUAUGACACCUCCGGCGCCGGGGGAAGGACCGCUUCCUGUGCGAGGCGGCUUCCCACCCCAGAAUAGAACCGAGCCUCCGCGGGUUCCUGGACCGGCGGCCGAAAGCGCCCACGAUGGGCCAAAAAUUUGGAGGAAUUCAAAAAAUAAAAAAAUGAAAACCAACCCUGAUCUCUUGGGAUUUCUCCAUGAUUUUUGGGGUGGGAGGAUACGGGGUUAUAACCGAACGUCCAAAUCCAACCGGGAAAUAAAGAGUUCUAAUCCAACUCUACUUGGACAGAUGGGUGGGAGAUUGACACGGCUGGGUAUAUAUUCCGUGAUGCCCCCAGUUUGCAGAGCCAAUUCCCUCUCCACCUUCGUUUCCCGUUGUGAGGACCGUGCUUGUUUUGGGCAGGAGCGGCCUAGGCUACAAAUCCAGAAUCCCAAGCAAGACACCAAUCGUGUUCCAGGUAUGAGAAUUAACCCCUGUAUAUCCUGGUCAUCCCUCUCUACGGAAGGCGAUACUUCAGUGUCACCGCUUCCAUUAAGCAACGAGAUUCCUUCUGUUGCGUCUUCAAACUUGCGUGUUUUUCAGUACGGGGCUAAUUCGUUGCCCCCCCUCCCUUUACAGGAUCCUAAGAUGACUCGCAUUGCUAAUGAUCAAGUGGUGCAGUUCUCUCUUGAGGAGGUGCAGUCGAUGAAGUUUCGAGCCUCUCGUACCCUGCUGGGACGCUUGUUCACUAAUUCCAACACCAAUCCUGCGGAUUUGAAGGAGGCGUUGCUCGUCGCUUGGCAGAUCAAGGGACAGCUUCGGGUCUCUAUCACGAAGCAUGGGCUAUUUGAGAUAGUGUUGCCAAAUACUGAAGCUAGGGGAUGGAUUCUUAAGCAAACCCCUUGGGUGGUACUAGAUGCCAUUCUCCAUUUGCGGCCGUGGACAUCAACAAUUACCUUGAAUACUUUUGCGGAGCUGGCUAUUGCCCCUUUUAGGGUGCAGCUUUGGAAUGUGCGAGAGGAUUGUUGCACCAAACAAUUUGGCCAAAAAGUGGCGCAAGGUACCAUUGGGCAGGUCCUUGAAUCUGGGGUUUUUGCCUCGAAUGAUACCAAUGAACAGUUUGUGAAGGUUCGAGCGCUGAUUGACUUCACUAAACCCUUGCGGUCCCAGAUCGUGGCAGCCAGUGAAGAAAUUGGUAAUUUCUGGGUGAAUUUGAAAUAUGAGUACCUUCCGACUCUAUGCUUCCAUUGUGGUCGUGUUGGGCAUUCGAAACGUGCUUGCUCGUUCGACCCUCCGGCUGGGCAAGAGAGGUUCGGGCCGCACAUGUCAACACGGAAGAUUGGCAGACGGAUCUAUGAGCAAGAUGAUGGGCAUGAUAACUUCAGGAAGAACCCUCCCUCGGUGUGGGUCAAUCGGAAUGUCCAAACCCGUCGGGAAGGAGAUUGGCCGAGACCUCAGGCGGAAGACACAAAGGCUGAUCGCGGGAUGGGCAGGCGCGGGAAGCAGAAUCCGAACAGGGAGAUGGACCAGGCCCAAAACGUGCCCUUUGUGGCUGGAGAGCAGCGGGCCCGUGUGGUGGGCUCCCUUGAUAUUAAAUGCCCAGCUCAGCCUUUGGGCCGAACUAAAAGCCCCAAGCAAUUCUCUGUCAAAGCUUCUCCUCGGGUGAAAAUUGGAGGGCGCCAGUUAAGGGGUUCCAAGUCACCAAGGGUGUCUGGCCGGCCUCUUCGAGGUAAAAUGAAUGCGCGUUCUCGGGCUAAAACCUCCGGCCGGAAUACAGAAAAGGAGCUCCGGGGAAUUUUUGAGGAGACUCGCCGCCGGAGAUUGAUUCUCCAGAAGGAUUCGGAGGAUGAAGCGGCUGAGCAGGGGCUGAUUGGGAGCCGGGAUCCCGUUCCAAUCUCCCAGUCCGGUUCUAUCGAGCCACUGCCGCCUGUGAAAGAUGGGGAACUGGAUGCAAAGGCUGGGGAGCGGAUGGCGCGGCCCACUACUGAACAGCAGGAGAAGCUCGACCGUUCCAAAAUGCAUCUUCGGCAUCUGGCCGCGGGGGGUGAUCUGGGAAAGACGGAGACGGUUCGCCGUCGGUUGCGAAGGAAAUCCCAGCAGCAGCGACAGGCGGAUUCUGAGAAAAUUCUGCCCCCUUCUAAGCUGUUGGAGAAAGAGGAAGUGGAGCUUCAGGAGGAUGCUGACCAGGAUGGAUGA